GAGAUAGAAAAUACCCAAAAGGAUGUCUGGUUUAAAGGAGGUAUGCAGUGGUUUACCUCUGGACCCUUUGCCACCUAACCGGGGACGAGAUCCCAGUGUGCCACAUGCACCUGUCCGGACCCCAAACCUCACAGCAAAGGAGGAGCGGUUGGCGCUGAGAAAUGCCCUGCGUUAUUUCCCCCCCUCUCACCACGCAACACUUGCACCUGAAUUUGCUCAAGAGCUGCGGCAGUACGGGCACAUCUACAUGUACCGCUUCUGCCCCACGUUAAACAUGAGAGCCUACCCCAUAGAUCAAUACCCAUGCCGCACACGUCAAGCAGCCUCUAUCAUGUUAAUGAUCAUGAAUAACCUAGACCCAGCAGUUGCUCAGUUUCCCCAGGAGCUUGUCACCUACGGAGGCAAUGGACAGGUGUUUAGUAACUGGGCCCAGUUCCGCCUGGUGAUGCAUUACCUGAGUGAGAUGACAGACGAGCAAACUCUGGUCAUGUACAGCGGUCAUCCCAUGGGCCUGUUUCCCAGUCUGCCUUCCUCACCUCGUGCCAUCAUCACCAACGGCAUGGUUAUUCCAAAUUACUCCUCCAGAGAUCAGUAUGAAAAGAUGUUUGCCCUCGGUGUAUCACUGUACGGUCAAAUGACGGCAGGCAGCUACUGCUACAUUGGACCUCAAGGGAUUGUUCAUGGCACUAUGCUGACGGUGCUGAAUGCCGGCCGGAGGUACCUGGGCACUGGUGACUUGAGGGGGCGUGUCUUUGUGACCUCUGGCCUGGGGGGCAUGAGCGGCGCUCAGGCUAAAGCUGCCGUCAUCGCUGGCUGUGUUGGCGUGAUUGCAGAGGUGGAUGAGGUUCCUCUUAAAAAGAGACAUGAGCAGGGCUGGCUGAUGGAGGUCACCAGCAGCAUGGAGCACUGCAUUAAAUGCAUCAGAGAGGCAAAGAGCUCCAAGACUCCCCUCAGUCUGGGUUACCAUGGAAACAUCGUAGACUUGUGGGAGAGGCUGCUGUUGGAGUAUGAAAGGACGGGGGAGCUCCUGGUGGAUCUGGGUUCAGACCAGACCUCCCUUCACAAUCCAUACAACGGAGGCUACUACCCAGUCCAGCUCAGCUUCCACCAGGCAAACCAGCUUAUGUCAACUGAUCCUAACCGUUUCCGAACCAUGGUCCAAGAAAGCCUCAGGAGACACAUCAAGGCCAUCAAUAAGCUGUCUGAUGCUGGUAUGUUCUUCUGGGACUAUGGCAACGCAUUUCUCCUGGAGGCACAGAGAGCUGGGGCAGAGGUAGAAAAGGUUGGCGGAGGAGCAACAGAAUUUCGUUACCCUUCUUAUGUACAGCACAUUAUGGGGGACAUUUUCUCUUUGGGCUUUGGCCCGUUUCGCUGGGUGUGCACAUCUGGCGACCCCCAAGAUCUUGCUGUAACGGAUGACAUUGCUGCUACCAUCCUGGAGGAAAUUGGUGCCAAUGUGACGGAUCUUAUCAGGCAGCAGUAUAAUGACAACAUCCGCUGGAUCAGAGAGGCUGGAAAACACAAAAUGGUUGUGGGAUCCCAAGCCAGAAUCCUCUACUCUGACCAGAGAGGAAGGGUCUGCAUUGCUUUGGCGAUCAACCAGGCUAUCGCUGAUGGAAGGGUUUCAGCUCCUGUGGUUAUUAGCAGAGACCAUCAUGAUGUUAGUGGCACAGACAGUCCCUUUAGAGAGACGUCCAAUGUGUAUGAUGGAUCUGUCUUCUGUGCAGACAUGGCGGUCCAGAACUUUGUUGGUGAUGCAUUCAGGGGGGCCACAUGGGUAGCCCUGCACAACGGUGGUGGUGUUGGCUGGGGCGAGGUAAUGAAUGGAGGGUUUGGUUUGCUUCUGGAUGGCUCAGAGGAGGCAGCAAAGCGUGCCAAUCUGAUGCUCAACUGGGACGUGUCCAAUGGGGUAGCUCGUCGCUGCUGGUCUGGAAACUCUAACGCGUAUGAGACCAUCCAGCGCACCAUGGAGGAGCACAGGGGGCUGCGUGUCACCAUGCCCUUCCCUGUACAGGAUGAGCGCGUGCUGGACCGUGCCCUGCAGGGCUAGCCGUUAGCACGUUAGCACGGGUCAAAAGCCAGCUGCAGCCACACAGCGAAGGAAACCUACAGCUGUGAUCACUUCAUCAGAUGUUUCUGAAUCAGGCCUUAUCCAGCUGUUGCUAUUAUACACUGCCGCCUACUAGAAAUCAACCACAAAGACAGCUCAGUUCACUGGAAACCUGCAAAAUAUUUCACCAGUACUACAGUAAUCAAUAAAUUAAUGACACUAAUUUUACACAAGUUUUUUUUGCUGUGAAUGCAAAGCAGGCUAACAUAUUGUGCUAGGCUGUUUUAGUGAUAUACAAGUUGUUGUUUUUUUUUGUGCAAGCCUGUAUAAAUUACAACUCCUACAGUAUAUGAGUCAUUUGUGUGUAGAUAGUCUACAAAAAUACUAAGUCAAUCGAAAUGUUAGUGACAGCACUGACAUUUCGAUUGACUUAGUGGUAGAAAAAUGUAGUUUCAGUUUUAAACCUUUUGUUUAUUUUAUAUUGUAGAAAAAGGAAGGAAGAAAAAUUAGUGCUACACAUGAAACUGAAACCUCUGGUGCUGAGGCCAAGAUCCGGUCACAAGUGACUGCACUAAAGGCAAAAGGUUGGAUUGUGUCCUUAAAUGCACAUAUUUUCCACUUUGACGUUUGGCCAGUUAACUUUUUUGGUGGAAAAAA